AUGUGCUUUAUAAACAUUGAAUUUUUCUCUUUUUGAAUUGUUCUACUUUCGAUUGCCAAUACGAUGUCAAUCAUUUAAUAGUAUAAUCAUUGUUGAUGAGAUUAUGUAGCAUUUUUACAGUCUGUUAACUUUCGUCGCCAUUAUAUUUAUGUUACGUGUUCUGUGAUUUUACAUAUAUUAAAAGUUACAAAAUUAUGGUGUAUUCUUGAAAAACGUUACCUAAGUGGUAGUUGAUAAUAAGCCGAUAAAUUUAUGUAAUACGAUUUUAUUUUAUUAGCUACGUGUCAAUUAUAAUUGCACGCGGAUUUUAUGUGUCACUCAAUUUGAAGAUUCUUUUUUUAUGUAAUUUGUGCAAAAGGGAAUGCUAUGCUCAAAAAAUUGUGGUUAAAAAUUUUUCGAGUUCGUAUUGCAAGUGGUGUCUUUCGAAAAUGACUGACUUUUCUUAUUCUUCUACUUUUAUGAGGGUAAUCAAUAAUGUGUUAACUUUUGUAAAAUGUAUUGCUAGAACCAGUUUUGUGAUAAUUAACAACAUUUAUUGUAUACCAACAUAUGUAGUAUGGAUGACAUUAUUAUUCCCUGUAAAAGUUUAUCAACCACAAGUAUAUUGGAGAAUCGAAGGGAUAUUUUUUCAUUGGCUAUUAGCAAUGGUAUCAAUGUGGACUUGGUCUGCAGGUUAUGAUAUAAUAGAACAAGGUGAUGAUAUACAACAAAUUAUUAGUGAAAGAACAUUAGUAAUAGCAAAUCAUCAAAGUACUGGAGAUGUUCCUAUCCUAAUGACAACAUUUAAUGCUAAACCAAAUGUAUUACCUAAUUUGAUGUGGAUUAUGGAUAGAAUUUUUAAAUUUACUAAUUUUGGCAUAGUUUCUGUUUUACAUCAAGACUUCUUUAUAAUAUCUGGUCGUAAAAAAAGAGAAGAGAGUUUAAAACAAUUAGAAAAACAUCUGAAAGAAUCAUAUAUUCCAUUAGACAGAAAGUGGAUGGUGCUUUUCCCAGAAGGAGGUUUCUUAUGUAAAAGACGAGAGACAUCACAAAAAUAUGCUAAAAAAAAUGAUUUACCAAUUCUUGAGAAUGUAACAUUACCACGUGUAGGAGCAAUGCAAACUAUAUUUGAUACAAUUGGUCCAUUACAGGAAUAUAAUACAACAGAACAACAAUUGAAUAAUAGACCAAAUAUGAUGGUAGCUAAACCAGAAAUUAAUUGGAUUCUUGAUAUAACAAUAGCAUAUCCUCAAGGUAAACCUCUCGAUUUACCAACAAUUAUAACUGGUUCACGUCCACCAUGUGAAACAGUAUUAUUUUACCGAGUUUUUCCUAGUUCAGUGGUUCCGCGGGAACCAGAAUUAUUAUCUAAAUGGUUAUAUAAUAGGUGGGUUGAAAAAGAAGCACUUUUGGAAAAUUUUUACAAAUAUGGAACAUUUCUUGGCACACAAGCAUCUGCCAAUGAAGGUUCUAAGAUCCAUCAGGAUCCUUUAAGAUUCCUAGUCCUUCAUUUAUUUUUUAUAACAUCUAGUUAUAUACAUUACAAUAUGUUUGCGUAUGUAUUAUCUUGCUUCUGGUAAAGCAUUUUAUGCUAAACAAGAAAUUACGUUCAAACAUAAGUAAAAUUAUAAUGUAGUAAAGUAAAAAUAUUCCUGCCUCAAAUAUUAUUCUUGAUGUUGACUAACAAAACUAACGAACGUAUGGAUUGUAACAUAAUGAUUGUACGAAUGUUUAUAAUCCAAGAAUGUCACGAAAAGUGAAUUGCAAGUAUUAA